CACUCAACAUUACACAACACUUACACGCAGCUUUCCUCUGAGAGGAGAAACCCAGUACAGGCUUAUUUUCGUUCUGGAGGUCUCACCCAGGAGAACAGGACAGGAAAAGAGGACACAAGGAAGAAAUUGACUAUUUUCACUUUCUCUUUUGGAAACUCGCAAUUUUGUUCAGCUAUUUACUAAGAGAUUGUGAGUUUGCAUGACUCAAGCUUGGGGUGAAUGAGUUGUCAUGGUGACUGACACUUGUAGGCUGACCCCAGAUGAAGACUGGAUGUUGAAUGGGCUGUAGCGGCCAGUCAGCAAGAGUAACGGGGAGUUAUCGGUGAACCAGGAAAAAAGAGGGAUAAUAGGAUGGAGGACGGCUUUUCUAGCUACAGCAGUCUGUAUGACACCUCAUCACUGCUGCAGUUCUGCAAUGAUGACAGUGCCUCAGCAGCGAGCAGUAUGGAGGUGACGGACCGGAUCUCUUCUCUGGAGCAGCGGGUUCAGUUGCAGGAGGAUGAAAUUCAGCUGCUUAAGUCGGCCCUGGCUGAUGUGGUGAGGAGGCUGAACAUCUCAGAGGAGCAACAGGCCAUGCUGAGUAGGAAAGGACCAACCAAAGAAGCAGCAGUGAGGAGAGACUCCCCCUCCUCUGACAGCAGUGUUGGGAAGUCAGCUAGACCCAUGAUCGCCGCUCUUCCACUGAGACCAACUGUCAAUAAUGGCACUGGCCUGCCUAGAAAAGGUCUCACACUGCCAUCACCCUCCAGCUCCAAGAAGGACAGCAGCUCACCAGCAACCAAAAGUAUGUCCAAUCUGCCCAGGUUUCUCCUAAAGCUGCCUCACAGCACUGUGAAGAGAACAAAUUCAUCAGAACAGGUUGGUCCCAAAAGGAAAGACAGUGUGGAUUCCAAAACCAAUCGAACCCGUGCUGGUUCCAUUGGGAGCAAUGCAAGUGGAAAGAAAGUCACAGAAACCAAACAGAGAGAGCCUGUGUUCAGUGCAGGGAUGCGACGUGUGACGCACUGCAAAGAUGAAGGUUAUGUCAAAAUGUAUUUAAAGGGACGACCCAUUACCAUGUACAUGCCCAAAGACCUGGUGGACACCUACAGCCUAGAAGCAAAGAUUGAUUUGCCUCCUAAGAAACUGAAGCUAGAUUGGGUUUAUGGUUAUCGGGGCCGGGACUGUCGAUCCAACCUCUACUUGCUUCCAACGGGGGAAACGGUUUAUUUCAUUGCGUCUGUGGUUGUGCUUUAUAAUGUGGAUGAGCAACUUCAAAGACACUACACUGCACAUACAGAUGAUAUCAAGUGCCUAGCUGUCCAUCCUGAUAAAAUCACCAUAGCAACAGGACAAGUGGCUGGCACGUCCAUGGAUGGAAAACAGCUGGCCCCUCAUGUGCGAGUGUGGGACUCUGUGAGUUUGAACACGUUGCACGUUCUUGGAACUGGUUUCUUUGAUAGAGCUCUAGUGUGCCUUUCUUUUUCAAAAUCAAAUGGUGGAAGCUGGUUGUGUGUUGUGGAUGAUUCGAAUGAUCACAUCCUCUCUGUAUGGGACUGGCAGAAGGAAGAAAGGUUUGCUGAAGUGAAGUGCUCCAAUGAGUCUGUGUUUGCUGCUGAUUUCCACCCGACGGAUGCUAAUAUAGUUGUUACCUGUGGGAAGUCGCACCUAUAUUUUUGGUCAUUAGAGAAGGGCACUCUUGUGAAAAAACAGGGUCUAUUUGAGAAACAAGAGAAGCCCAAGUUUGUAUUAUGCGUGACUUUUUCAGAAAACGGUGACGCUAUCACAGGAGAUUCAAGUGGAAAUAUACUUGUUUGGGCAAAAGGUUGUAAUCGUAUUAGCUUGGCUAUUCAGGGUGCGCAUGAGGGGAGCGUCUUUGCACUUUGCAUGAUGAGAAAUGGGACGCUGGUCUCUGGUGGGAAAGACCGCAAACUCAUCUCCUGGGAUGAAAAUUACCAAAAAAUUCAGACGGUUGAGGUGCCUGAGUUAUAUGGCCCUAUUCGAACUGUUGCUGAAGGAAAGGGAGAGACUGUUCUGAUUGGCACUACUAAAAACUACAUCCUACAAGGUAGUCUGGAUGGGGAAUUCAUACCCAUUACGCAGGGGCACAUUGAUGAAUUAUGGGGCCUGACUGUGCAUCCACAGAAGCACCAAUUCCUCACCUGUGGUCAUGACAAACAUGUGUGCCUAUGGGACUCAGUCGCCCAUCAGCCAAUAUGGACCAAAACAAUGGAGGAUGCCGCCCAAUCGGCGGGAUUCCACCCGUCUGGGGCAACGGUUGCUAUAGGAACGCAGACGGGCAGGUGGCUCGUCCUCGAUACGGAAUCGAAGGAUCUGGUGACCGUGCACACGGAUGGGAACGAACAGCUGUCGGUUAUGCGCUUUUCUCCAGAUGGCAAUUUCCUUGCAAUUGGGUCACAUGACAACUACAUCUACAUUUAUGCUGUGGGAGAAAACGGCAAGAAAUACAGCAGGGUUGGAAAAUGCUCAGGUCAUUCUAGCUUCAUAACUCAUCUGGAUUGGUCUGUGGAUUCUCAGUACUUGGUUUCAAACUCAGGAGACUAUGAGAUCCUUUACUGGAUCCCAUCUGUGUGCAAGCAAGUUGUGAGUGUGGAGACCACCCGUGACAUUGAAUGGGCCACUUUCACCUGUACUCUGGGCUUCCUUGUUUUUGGUUUGUGGCCAGAUGGAUCAGAUGGGACUGACAUAAAUGCUGUGUGCAGCUCUAAUGCAAAGAGACUGCUCGCCACAGGAGACGACUUCGGAAAAGUGCACGUUUUUUCAUUUCCGUGCUCUCAGUCUAGAGUAAGAAACGACACAGACAUUCAAACAUCAUAUUAAUAGUUUUGAGUUUGGCACAGUGUAAACAAAAUAUAUA